UCCAUCUCACGCAACAACACCGCAUCCUCCCUGCACGACAGCCAUCCAUCUGCACCUCUCCGCACCUCUCAGUACGCAGCCGCUCUACUUGGCACCUCAAUAUGGCCGAGAACAUCUACGACGAGAUUGAAAUCGAGGACAUGACGUACGAUCCAGCCUUGGAGAUCUACCAUUACCCUUGUCCGUGUGGUGACAGGUUCGAAAUUGCCAUCGCGGAUUUAAGGGACAACGAGGAUAUCGCAGUAUGCCCGAGCUGUAGUUUGAUGAUCAAGGUUAUCUUUGAAGUGGAUGAUCUUCCAAAGCCAGAAGAAGAUACAACUACGGCCGAAGAGACAACGCAAGUUCCUGUUACGGCCUGAUUCAGCACCGAGCACCGGCGGAAGCAAUCGUCUACCGCCCUGGCACACCGACCCAUUCCACCAGAAGACGAGUCGUAUUUCCGGGAAUAUGAAGGGGCACAUUUCCGCCUUGCAGAUAAUCUACAAGGACCCUUGAAUGAAGUUGCAGCCCUGCAGACGUGAAGAAAUCAAGCACCGGCAGGCUGGCGCCUAAAGACCGCCAUCGAUAAGCUCCCGAGACAAAUAGAAAAGUAGUGUCGAGCAAGUGGCGCAAUCUUCCGCGAAUAGGAGGCGAGGCGCUUCUGGCGUAAAGGUCAUAAAUCCUGAUUAUGUAGAAGCUGCAGCAAACCGGAAAUGUAGCCGCGACGGCUGAAAAACCAACACCAACUCGCGCGAAACGGCAACGGCAACGGCAAACUAUACCUGUCUCGAGAUGUUCUUGGGCAAUGUUUUCCGAAGUACCUCGCGGAAUACAGUCAAUCUACACGGAUUCGUUGUCAGUUUUCUCAGCAACAAUUUGCAUGAGCUUCUGUGAGAUUCCGAUGUACUACCACACAUACUUUCUUCAAGUGUUUGUGUGAUAUGUCAGCUACAUUGUUGCGUGCCAAUUUUUAACACAAGAUCGUCACUUCCAGAGUUACAUUUCCUUGCUCGACUCUGCAUAUUCGUUCUCACAUAAGCCGCGCUUCAUCCUGCAUGCCGCGCUUUUAUCUGAACGCCUUGAUAGCGCAUAGCGCAUAGCUCGUGUCUCUUGUCAAAUUGUGAUCACAAGGAAUGGUGUGCACCAUAGAGAUCCUGAAUUGCACGCCCCUCAUCCAAACUUCUCGCGCAAGAACCGCCAAAGGCAGUCUGUGGUACCCGACAAAGCUGGGGUACGAUGCACGCAUCGUAUUGAGAUCCUAUCACAUCUCAUAUAUUGGCGCGGGCCAACAAACCCCACCACUUCAUAUGCAAGCCAGAGGCAGGGUUGUGUAACCGGUUUACAUCCAAACUAUCGGGGCUCGCUUGUCGUACAUAGUAACCAAUCAUUGAAUCGCCAAAUCUACAUUAGGCAAUUAAGAAGAGCCGACAUUGAGUUUCGACUGGGCUGCAACCGAGUGCGGUUCCACCUGCAUGCUUAGUUCUUUCACAACUUCCAUAUUCUCUCUCGAUAGCUUCGGAGACUUUUUGGAAGAGAAAGGCGUUCAUGCGCAUGCAAACCAGACUUGGCAGCGCGGCAAGGGGGAAGACUUUACUGGAUAGUGAACAGGACGGCGGAUUUACACGGUCAAAUUUGAUUCCGGAAUUUGCACUUCCCAAAGACUGAGCAUUAGAGGAACAGAACAAAAGGACCCUACUUUCGACUGCAGACGCAUCAUUCCAAGGCAUGCUUUAAGACUGGCAAACAGACCGCCAUCUGGGGUAACACAAGCAUUGUGGAAACAAGUCCUCAUACCGAGGUCGAGCGAUCUCUGAUACCAUCUUCAUAGGCGGAACAAGGAUGAAGAUCCAGACCGAGAACAUUUCUGGAAGCCGAAGCGAAUUAAACGAGACUCAUCAGCCUUACAGUCUCAUGUCUGAAAUAUAGCCAAGUGGUCAGACCGGUAGAUGUUAAGCCGAAAUGAGCUGACUGCAGUCCAAUCACUGCUGAUGUUUCGGUACCCCUACCAUCAUCAGCUUAUUCAGACAAGCAAGGAGAAGUGCAGUCUUGGCAUCUCGUCUCGAAGGCUGAAAGGAAACGAGGCUGUCUUCGAUCAUGCGGGGAGACACGACAAAUGAAAGUUUUCCAUGGACACAUUUGCGGUUGUUGUACCGAGUGCGAAGCAUCUGCUUACCUAACUUUCCUAUUCUUGAAAACGAGCUGAAUUUGGGGAUGCUUGGGCCAUGAGGAAUCCCAAAACAGUUCAAGUACAGGCAAGCUGUACGAUGGAGCCAGUAGAUUGCGUGCCAGCCAUAAGACUUGGUCAGCAAGCGGGAGCCGAGAUGUAAAGGUUGCAUUAGGCACAUCAAAAAGUUGGAACCAGGAUACGUCAGAUCUACAGAAGUUUGGGUCGAGAUUCGACUUCUAUUCAGCAGGCUUGGUAGUCUGGACAUAUUCUUACCAGACCGCUCCAUGGAACUCAGAGGAAGUGGAAGUGGGAUGAUCAAGGACUUGGACAAGGUACGAGCAAAUCUCGCACUUUCCGUCUGUAUGGAAAUAAACAACGCUCGCUAGAUGCAACUUGGGAUGUAAGCCCGAGGCCGAACCCUAAAGACCGGGCCCGAAAACCGUCAACCUGCAUCCGCUCGUGCAGCGGGAGGCUGCCGGAUGUGGGCCACAAUGGUCUCGCCGAUCGGGAACCUUGUUCACCUCCUGACCUUGCGCUAGGGAACGAGAAGCGAAGCCGAGAUGCACGUGGAGUCAAACUGGAGGAGACGCGAAUUGAGAGCAACCUAGCCAUCCUAGGUAAUGGUGGAAACGAGAAGCCUAUUUGGAUCUCAGGAUUUGGAAAAUACCAAGGCUUGUCCAAGGUCUUCAUUCAAGUGGAAUCUUACCCUUUGAACUCGUGCAAAAAGGAAGAAAUAUGGCGACAGAUUCAGCAGCAACUGGCCCAGACCUGAGGUUUAAGCACAAGUGGAAUGAGAGACAACAGCUGAAAGCCUUCGUCAGUUCAAGAUAUCCAGACACCGGACCACAAAAGAGUCUUCACAUACUUUUGUUUUCAGCUCAUAGGUAAGUUUUCAGGAAAUGGACUAUUCUCAAGAGUCAGAUAUACAGUCGUCUUCGGCCCAGUUCGUCUGUGACCUCAACUUCAGAUGGGCCAUGAAAUUCGGGUCGUGUACUUUUCACCUCCGAACGUCAUCUUCAUUUCGUGAUACACUCGCAAGUCGCAUAUCAUCCUGGGCUUCGAGGUAAAUAUCUUGAACUUACAGUCAUCUGGACCGUAUUCAGACUCCAUUCAUCAAGCUUUUAAAUACCACCUUUGAUUGACCCGAUCUCCAUGGCCAAUCAACUUUGGAUUCUUGGGGAAAGCAGAUGUACCAGAAAGCAAAACAUGUGAGCUUCCUCUUUUUAGAGACAUCAUCCGACUUCAGAUGACCAGCCAAGAUUAAUGUAGAGGUAAGUUAAAGUCCUCAAAACUGCAUGAUGAACGUACACACGGAUUCUUACAUCUUCAUGACCUGGGAGCAUACAGCAGCAUGAUUCACAGUCAGGUCACGUACAGCAGCAGCAUAUCAUAAUGCACAUGCGGAAGAAAUGUAAAGU